AUGACGGGGGAAGAGCAAGAGGACAUUUCUUCUGGUCCUCCGGAGUCCAGCGAGGAGCCAUGGUGGGAAGAGGUGAUCCUUCUAGAAAAAAAGCCUCCAAAGUCGGAGUUCAUGUUCAGAGUCGCUCUUGUCCAGUCUCUACUCGGUGGGGUGCCCGUGAGGCUGGUAGGGGGCGGGCACUUGGGGAGGCGGGGAAGGGGCGGGGACUCGGAGAGGGGGCGGGGACUCGGGGAGGGGUCGCGGAGGGGCCUGGAGUGCGCGCCGUUUGACCUCUGGGAGAGCUGCUCCCGUCCCUACUGGCGCCUCUUCUGCGACGCAGGCUCGGCGCAGGAGCGGAGCGCAGCUCUGGGUCACCGGACCCCCGGGGAAGGAGGUGCGAGCGACUCCUGCCCUCCAGAGGAAGCGGGCGUGUGGGUACCCGGCGGCGGGGCUCUGGAGCGGGGCGCGUGUCUCGUUUUGCUGCGAACGCUGGGCGCCAGGCGCGGGGAACCAUCGGUCGGAAAAGUCUCCGGAGUCGGGUCUCCGGAGUCGGGUCCUCGGGGGAAGGCGGCCGAGCAAGAUGGAAAGUCCGCUCUUAUCGGAUCCCUGCGCCCCCGGCCUUUCAUGUCCCCACGUCGGUCCCUGGCGCAGACUCUGGGCCCUUACAGGGCCCGUAGUGGCGUCUUCCUCGACGUUGGGAGGAGUCCGGGAACCACGGACCAAGACCUCCCUGCUCCCUUCACCGGAACUCCCAGCCAGGAGGCCUUCACGGCGGCACCAGAGGUGACCAAGGCCCUGGUCCAGCAGAGGGCAGAGCAGGGGCCCGGGUGGUUCUCGGGCUCCGGGGCGCGCAGGCUUCUGGGGACCCUCAGAGCUGCGGCGGCGACGCGCGGGGCGGCUGCGGUUCUCCCACCUGCCACCCUGGCCCUUCUCUGCUUGGACGGCGUCUUCCUCUCCUCAGCCGAGAAUGACUUCGUGCACCGCAUCCAGGAGGAGCUGGACCGCUUCCUGCUGCAGAAGCAGCUGUCAAAGGUCCUUCUCUUCCCCCCACUCUCCAGUCGCCUCCGGUACUUGAUCCACAGGACAGCAGAGAAUUUUGAUCUUUUGAGCAGCUUCUCUGUUGGGGAGGGCUGGAGGAGGAGGACAGUCAUCUGUCACCUGGACAUCAGGUUACCCGGUUCAGAUGGGCCCUCUGGCCCCUGCCGCCCUCCUGCUUCCCACCCUAGCAAGUACCGCGGUCCGAGGUCCACCUCAAGCCAGGGAGCGGCUUCUGGUCCCCGAGGAGCGCGGGCCGGCUGGUGGCAUCGUGGACGCAAGCCGGACCAGGCUUUGUAUGUGCCCCGGGCGCUGCGCAGGCGAGAAGAAUGGGCGCCCCUCCCGGCCCCAGGGCUUCAGGGAGGUGCUCCAGCUGGCGGGCUCCCAGAAGAGCCCGAUGAUAUCUGUGCUGGGGACCCCACCUCCGAUCAGGAACUUCCUGUGUUGGCGACGCAGGCAGCAGAGGUCCGAAAAGGCCGUAGCAAAAGUGAGAAAAAGUCACUGCCAGACCCAUUGGCCACUGAGUCCCCAGGGCCAGAGGAUCACUCAGGGACGGGAGACAGGUCGGAGUCAGCCACACGGCCUGGGCCGGGUCUGCAGCCAGACUUGGAAGACGGGAGUGGGAGUGAGCUGGAGAGGAGCCUGGCGGCAGAGAAGGAAGAGGACGAGGUGGAAGAGGAGGGGCCGGGCAGCUGCUCCGAGGAGGACGAUUACAGUGAGCUGCUGCAGGAGAUAACGGACAACCUGACCGAGAAGGAGAUUCAGGUAGAGAAGAUCCACGUGGACACAUCCUCCUUCGCAGAGGAGCUGCCUGGAGAGAAGGAUUUUGCGCACGUGGUGGAGAUCUACGACUUUGAGCCGGCGCUCAAGACCGAGGACCUGCUGGCAGCCUUUUCCGAGUUCCAAGAGAAGGGGUUCAAGAUCCAGUGGGUGGACGACACGCAUGCGCUCGGGGUCUUUCCCUGCCUGGCUUCAGCUGCUGAGGCCCUGACCAGGGAUUUCUCCAUGCUCAAGAUCCGGCCUCUGACGCAGGGAACCAAGCAGUCCAAGCUGAAGGCCCUGCAGAGGCCAAAGCUUCUGCAUCUGGCAAAGGAGAGACCACAGACAAACACAGCCGUGGCCCGGAGGCUGGUGGCCCGGGCCCUGGGGCUCCAACACAGAAAGAAAGAGCGGCCUGCAGUGGAGCCUCCCCCGACCCUGAGGCCCUGAGAGGCCCAGACGGCCUGGAUCGGCGCCCCCCCCCGACCCCCUCCUCAGCUGGCGCCCCAACACCGCAAGCCUUUACACACACCAGAGCAGCCCUGAGCCAUCCUUGGAGCGUCACUGUGGGGCAUGGGGGCUUUACCUUGGUCUAGUUCCAGAAGUUGAGAAAAAAUAAAAAUGUAAGAAUUGUUAAUGUGAUUGCGUCAAAA